AUGGUCUAUAAGUCUUCUCAAUUUUUUUUCAUUUACAGAUCAACAGACUAUGGCUCCACCUAUGAGAGGAUGAAUGACAAAGUGGGAUCUAAGACGGUGCUCAGUUACCUGUAUGUCUGUCCAUCCAACAAGAGAAAGGUAAGACAAACUUCAAAAGACGGCACCAUGAAGACCAGUGUGCUCAUCAGCUCAGAUGAAGGAGCGAGCUAUCAGAAUUAUCACCUCAGCUUCUACAUCCUAAGCCCUAUGUUCCAUCCAACACAGGAUGAUUGGGACCUAGCCUAUAGCCAUGGCCAGAAGUUGUACGCCUCCCUGGAAUUUGGGAGAAAAUGGCAGCUGGUUCAUGAGCAUGUGAACAGGUUCUACUGGGUAAUUUUUGAUGAGGGGCGGCAGUGGGCCAGACACAGCUUCUCAUUGGUGCCUCUGUUCAUGGAAGGAAUGCUGGUGGAGGCCGGGAUAGAGAUCCAGAUCAUGACGGUCAUUUUUGAUGAGGGGCGGCAGUGGGCAAGACACAGCUUCUCAUUGGUGCCUCUGUUCGUGGAAGGGAUGCUGGUGGAGGCCGGGACAGAGAUCCAGAUCAUCACAGGACUAGGGACGAUGGAGGAAUGGAGGGAUGACAUGAGUAGUGAUGAAAGGGUAGGGGUGAAAGUGAUUAUAGCUAUGAACGGCGUAGAGAAGGGAACUGUCUACCAGCAUUCUGGUUCAACCCAGCUGUCAUAUCAAGGAGCUGCAGCCAAGGACAGAAGUACCUCAUCGGCACAGGGUGAGUUGCACAUAGUGUCAGCGUAUGCGCAACUGGUCGAAGGAUGUCAGGUGCAGGAGAGCAGAGAUGAGUGA